AUGCUCCCUCCAUCCCUCAACAUUCCGAAAUGGCUCGAAGCCAACUCGCACCUCCUCCAACCUCCCGUUAAUAACUACUGCGUCUACCACCCCUCCACCUCCUCCGGCUACACCGUCAUGAUCGUCGGCGGCCCCAACGCUCGCACAGACUACCAUCUCAACUCCACGCCCGAAUUCUUCUACCAAUACCGGGGCUCCAUGCUGCUCAAAACCGUCGACACAUCCACGAAUCCACCCACAUUUGUAGACAUACCUGUUCACGAAGGCUCGCUGUUCUUAUUACCGGCAAACACACCUCAUUGCCCCGUUCGAUUUAAAGACACAAUUGGCGUGGUAAUGGAGCAGCCGCGACCUGAGGGCAAGGAGGAUGCGAUGAGGUGGUAUUGCGUGAGUGAAGAGUGCAAGGGGAAAGGAACGAUUGUGUGGGAGAAGAGAUUUGUGUGUACGGAUUUGGGGACGCAGGUGAAAGAGGUUGUGGAGGAGUUUGGCGCGGAUGAGAAGAAGAGGACUUGUGGGACUUGUGGUGCGGUAGCUGCGGUGAGGUUUGCAGAGGGCGAGGUUGUACAGCCUUCGAGGUUUCCGGAGUGA